GCUCAAUUCAUUUUUACUUGGAAAAGCUCUUUAUUUUAACCUCAAACUUUUGAAGAUAUUUAUUAAGCUAAAUUUAAGGUAUUUAAUUGAAAAUAUAAGUAAAACCAUGGAAGUCGAUGAUGCAGAGACUGGAUUUGCCUUAAUAAGACAAGGAUAUUGCCAAAACAAUCUGAUCUUUAAGCUUAAUCAACGAAAUAUAAUUGGACGUGGAUUUGGCACAACAAUAAAUAUAUUAAGUUUAUUUGUGAGCCGUCAGCAUUGUGUGAUGUAUAUGGAAGAUGACGGAAAUUGGUAUAUACGAGAUUGUGAAACCAUGAAUGGAACAUUUAUCAAUGACGAAAAAAUACAGCCAAACAUUGACUACCUCUUAAAUCUCAAUGACAAAAUUGGCUUUGGAAUAAGCAUAAGCUCAUUGAACAACAGUGAAUAUUCAAAUCCAGACUAUUACGUCUAUAAAUUGAUAUAUUAUCCAACACAACAAGAUCAUAUCUACGAAUAUGAUGUUAAUAGCUUGUGCUGGGAUUUAGAAAAGUUGUGAAUAGAUUCACAUUGUUUUUCAUGCUUAAAUCUGUAAGGAAAAUAAUAAAUUAUAGAGAAGAAUGAAUGUAAGAACAUACAA